ACUCAGCAUUUAGGGCAUGCUUGUCGGCCAAGACUUGCCGUUGACAAAACUGUUGUUCAACAACUGCGUGAAGAAUCAAUGAAAUGGGUGGACAUUGCAAAAAUUAUUGGAAUUUCAUCCAAAACAUUGACUCGCCGACGCAGGGAAUUUGAUAUGCCUAUUGGUGCUGAUGCAUAUACAUGUAUUGAAGAUGGCGAAUUAGAUGAGCAUGUUCGAGGAAUUUUAAGAAUAAAUCCUGAAGCAGGACUUGGUUUAGUUGAAGGAGGACUCAGAGCAAAAAAAUUAAUGAUUCAGCAGAAACGUGUACGGGAAUCUAUUGCUAGAGUUAACCCAGUUAUCUCAGCAGUCAGAAGACACAAUUUCAAGAUUGUCAGGCGAAAAUAUUCUGUACCUUGUCCAAAUGCCCUCUGGCAUAUUGAUGGUGAUCAUAAAUUAAUUGAACCUUACAGAAUUGUCAUUCAUGGUGGCAUCGAUGGGUUCUCUCGGCUAAUUGUAUUUCUAAGGGCUUCUACAAAUAACAAGGCUAGUACUGUUCUUGAACUGUUUCAAGAAGCUGUUCGUCGUUACAACCUACCAUCCCGUGUUCGUUCAGAUCAGGGCUUGGAGAAUGUUGAGGUUGCUAAGUUUAUGUUACGUGAAAGAGGCCUAAACAGAGGUAGUAUAAUAACUGGCAAGUCAGUUCACAAUCAAAGAAUAGAACGUUUGUGGAGGGAGGUCAAUCGGACUGUAGUAAGCAAGUUUAAGAACGUAUUCAUGUACCUAGAAACAAGUGGAUUAUUUAAUCCCUUGAGUGAAAUUCACCUAUUUUGUCUGCAGUAUGUGUACCUGCCAGAAAUUAACAACUCAUUAGAAGAACUCACGAGAGAGUGGAACUAUCAUGGCCUUACUACUGAGAGCAAAAAAACGCCCAGGCAAUUGUGGAUUGCUGGAAUGUUGUCCAAUAGUGCCACCAAUUACAGGGCUGUUGGAGAUGUUUUGGGAGAUGUUCAGCCAGAUAUGUCUGACUAUGGAAUAGAUGAGGAAGGUGACAUACCAGAACUUCAAACUUCCAACAAUGUGGUUGUUCCAGAAUCUUCUAUAGAAAACACUGAAGAAGUGGAUACUGAUUUGCAACAUAUCCUUGAGGCAGCAAAUGGCGAUGAAUAUUGCAUUCAAAAAUACCUUUCGGUUCUUGAUUAUAUGGAACAUCUUUAUGGUAAUCAAGAAAAUGAAUUUGAAAACAAUGUUUAGCUAAACUUUGGAUAAAUUUUAUUUGGGUAAAGCUUUGCACAAUAUAAUAUAAUUAACAUGGCUCUUUUAGUUUUUUCAGGAGGGUAAUAAUUAGGGGAUGUCUAAAUGAUCCUGCUUAUUCAAGAUUUUAAAACAAAGCAUGAAAUGAUGACGAAAAACAAGUUUUUCACUUUUUAAUUUGAGCACAAUUCUCCUGGAGUCCAUGUUCUUGCAGUUUUCCGCUGAAAUUGUUUCAGAAACUUUAUCUGUGUAUCAAAACCGAUUAACAAAUCUGAACAUCUAAAGAUAUUUUAUGCUAUAAAAAUAGUCUUCUGACGUGUAUAAAAUGUCGCAAAAGUUAAUAAACUUUAAACU